UUCCAUCGCUUCUCUUCACUCGUAAAAGUCGCCCUCUACGCACGCCUCUCACUCUCCCCCUUCCUCCUCUUCGAUCUCCGAGCGAAGAUGAGGCCCUCGAUGCUCCGAUCCAUCUCCUCCGCCCUCCUCCGCCGCCGUGGGGGCGGCGGCGCCGCCGCAGCCCCCGGCGUCCUCGCCCGCUCCUUCGCCUCCGACGCCUCCCCCGCGCGCAAGGUCGCCAUCCUCGGCGCCGCUGGAGGGAUCGGCCAGCCCCUCGCCCUCCUCAUGAAGCUCAACCCCCUCGUCUCCUCCCUCUCCCUCUACGACAUCGCCGGGACCCCCGGCGUCGCCGCCGACGUUAGCCACAUCAACUCCCGCGCCGAGGUGAAGGGUUUCGCGUCGGAGGAUCAGCUCGGCGAGGCCCUCGAGGGUUCCGAUGUCGUCGUCAUCCCCGCCGGGGUGCCGCGGAAACCCGGGAUGACCCGCGACGAUCUCUUCAACAUCAACGCCGGCAUCGUCAAAUCCCUCUGCACCGCCAUCGCCAAGUACUGCCCCAAUGCUAUUGUAAAUAUGAUCAGCAAUCCGGUGAACUCCACGGUGCCGAUUGCAGCAGAGGUUUUCAAGAAGGCCGGGACAUAUGAUGAGAGUAAGCUCUGCGGUGUUACCACUCUCGACGUAGUCAGAGCCAAGACUUUCUAUGCUGGCAAGGCAAUGGUUCCGGUUGCUGAUGUUAAUGUCCCUGUUGUCGGCGGCCAUGCUGGUAUAACAAUCUUGCCUCUAUUUUCUCAGGCGACUCCUGCUAGUAACGCAUCAUUGUCUCAUGAGGAUAUCAAGGCUCUAACAAAAAGGACACAAGAUGGUGGGACGGAGGUUGUGGAGGCAAAGGCAGGAAAAGGCUCUGCAACGCUAUCUAUGGCGUAUGCUGGAGCCGUCUUUGCAGAUGCAUGUUUGAAGGGUCUUAAUGGUGUUCCUGAUAUUGUUGAAUGUUCUUAUGUCCAGUCGACCAUCACCGAGCUACCUUUCUUUGCCUCUAAGGUGAGGCUUGGGAAGAACGGGGUAGAGGAGGUGCUUGGAUUGGGCCCCCUCUCAGACUACGAGAAAGAGGGUCUCGAAAAUCUCAAGCCCGAGCUCAAAUCCUCCAUCGAGAAGGGCAUCAAAUUCGCGAAAGAGAACUAAUUAGGUCGAUUGAUGAGGUUUCCGAACCAUUCCCAAUUUUGUAUUUGUACUCCGAGGGUCUAUCCUCUCAAAUGUUGUUGUGGUUAAGCUAUUAUUCUUAGACUGCUUUUAGCCGCGGCUCAGCUCGGGCACUCCUGAGGCUUCUUCCUUACACAAUAAAUCACGCGGAAUACUGAAGAAAACUUCAAUUUAAUUUGAUUAUGAGGCUGUUUAGCUGCAGUUGAUCAUGUUGUUUAUUAAUUUAGCCACCGAAUCGUUCUUCA